CUUUCUAACAAUAAUGUAAGCUUGAGAAGUUAUAUCCUAAAGAAGAAAGAAGAAUCAAAUAAAAGAGAAGGCUUUGAGAGAACGUCCGGUGUGAAAGAAUCCAGCUUUUCCCCCAGUAGUAGUAGUAGUUACCCAACUUGUGAAAUCCUCUAUUAACAAGGCUUCUCCGUUUCGAUUUCUAAAUCGUACACACCUAAGAAGGCGGAUCUUCUCCUGAAGCAAAGAGCAAGUAGAGGAAUUGUGAAAUUUGGUGUACGAUGGAGAGGAAUGAUGAAAUCGAAGAAACCCCCGCCGGCGGACCUUCUCCACGAUCCGCGAAAUUGAAGCUCGGAAACAGAGCAGACCCUUUCCUUGUGGUUUGCAGAUGCUUCAGCGUCGUCACCUCUCUCAUCGCCAUUCUCUGCGUUGUCGUUAAUGUUCUCGCUGCCGUUCGCUCCUUCCGAGACAGCCACGAUCUCUUUGAUGGAAUAUUCCGGUGUUAUGCUGUGGUGAUUGCUUGCUUUGUUGUUCUCGUUGAGACGGAAUGGGGUUUCAUUCUCAGAUUCUCAAAGGUUCUUGAAUUCUGGGCUGGGAGAGGAAUGCUUCAGAUUUUUGCUGCUGUGAUGACAAGAGCUUUCCCUGACUAUUUGGCUCAAAGGAAGGAUCUCAUGCUUCUUCAGAAUAUCGCUAGCUACUUGCUCCUUGCCUGUGGGGUUAUCUAUUUCAUUUCAGGAGUUCUAUGCAUCGGCUUUCUGAAGCGUGCUCGACAGCAGAAGGAAAUUUCAAGAGAACAAGCCGUCAAGGAUCUUGAGGAGAUAGCCAGACGCAGGGAAGAGUUGGAACAAUUGCUCCUAGAGCAUCAGAAUAGAGACGAUGACGUGUGAAUGUGAUCACAAGUACAGCUUCAUUGGAUGGAAAACAUCAGUUUCUUUUUGUAUUAAAACGUUUGUGUGAGCUCUCUGUUUUCAUCCUUCCACUUGGAUUGGAUAAUAACAGCAGAUUCUUUUGUUUUUUUUUGUUUGUUGAAAUCGAAGCUUUGAUAUUUGUCUAAUACGAGACAAGAACUACUGAAUAUGAAUUUCGACAUGUUGAUGUAAA